AUGCCUUCCUCGCUCGCGGUUUGCGUGGCAGAGUGGUGCCUUUGGUCAGUGGCCGUGGCGUCUUUCGCCUUGCGUGUCCUUGUCCGCAUGCGCAUGAGAACCGAACGACUUCUUCUGGCAGACUUGUGGCUCUUCAUGGGCCUCGUGAGCUCGACCGCGGUCAUAAUAUGCGACACGAUAACGUUUGCGUGGGGAUAUUUGGAGCCUAUAGAGCCGGGCACCAGCUACCCAGAGACCAUUCUCAAGCUUCAAUAUGCGACGAGCUACCUCUUCGACACGGGCCUCUACUUCACCAAGUUUUCCAUCUUGGCCUUUUACUGGGUCCUCGUCGACCGCACGAGCUUGGGGAUGCGCCGCACCUUGUACGCCCUCGUGUUCUUCGCCGGAGCUUGCCUGAUCGCGACCAUCUUUGCCGACACUUUCUGGUGUGGACGGAACCCGGCCGUUAACUGGGUCUACGAUGGGGUGGAUGAAUGUACCGUGUUCUUGUCCGUCGACGCCAUAACGCUGAAUUGGUCUUUGCAGUUCGUCACCGAGCUUUUCAUCUUCCUAUUCCCUUUUCCAGUAAUAUGGAAACUUCAGAUCAACCAUCGCGCUCGCGUCGCCGUCUACGCCCUCUUGGGCCUGGGUGUCAUAACCAUAAUGACCACCGUCGGACGGCUAGUCGCCUACAACCAGAUACUGAAGAGUGACUCCGACGACUACAGGCCACUUUAUAUAUGGGCAAUGGGCGAAUACGCCACCGCCAUCGUGGUGGUAUCCCUAGCGGGCUGCCGACCGAUACUGGGCAAGAUCCCCAGCAUUUUGGCGGCCUUUAAGCGCACCAUUCUGCACAAGACGAGCUCGACCGCCACCGACCGCACGCAGACGGGCAGCCGUUCGGGAGCGGGGUUGUCUGAACAGCAAAACCAACAAAACACGACAGAGAACGCGGCGGCGCCGACUACAGGGUCGAGGGUGAGCGGCGCAGGCUGGCGCUUGAGUGCGCAGCAGCAGCAGCAGCAGCAAGGCGCGGGAGGGGUUAGCGUCGGCGGUGGAAGCACGCGGCUUAGCGGCGUGCCGAGGCACUGGAUCGAUUUGCUGGAUACGGCAACACUGUUUGGGGAUGAUGAUGAUGAUGAUGAUGAUGAUGAUGAUGAUGAUGAUGAUGAUGAUGAGCCGAGCGGCGGCGGAGGCGGGGCGAGCAGAAAAAAUAGCAGGAAUCAGGUGUCCAAGGACGAGGAGUGGGCUGCCUUGGCUCAAGACGGUGGUUCGGAUGGGAACCCUGGACCAUCAGAGUCGGAGCCGACACCCGGAAAGGAAGUGGCGGAUGGUCAUGACCAGGCCGAGGAUGACCCCAGACCGAUGACGGGCGUUUCGGAAGGAUGUUGCAAGACUGCGCCGAGUGAUGACAAAGAAGAUAUCCGAUGA